UGGUCAAUGUGGCCCGGGAAAGGGAAGUCUGGGGCCCCCUGCUUGAGCUGCUCCCCCUGCGACCCGACCCCGGAUAACCGGAUGAACAUGAGAUGAGAUUAUUUUUAUGAAUGUAGUUUACCAGUCACAACAGUAGAAUGUUGUUGACUGUUGUGGCCUCGUAAAGAGUCCCUGUCCCUUUAAGAGGCUCCGGCCCACGCGACGUUACAACACCCGGAAGUGAGACGCUGCUCUCCUGCAGCCCUGCGUCUCUCCGAGUUCAGCCGUUCAUCAUGACUGUCCACCCUCCAGUGUGCGGAAAAAGGACUACGUAGAUGCAUCCGCCACGUCGAUGUGAUGACAGGUUUCGACACGUAGCUGGGAAACGUGCCAUGUGUUGUGGGAGUCGGACCACCACGUAGACGCUCCACUGUAGGCCUCAACCCCGCCGGUACCACCAUGUCCCGGUCGAGUCGGCGAUACAAGCCCCUCCAGGUCAACCACGGCGGCGGUCCGAUCUCCGGCUGCGACCGCAUCCGCAUGCCACGGGCCCGCGUGCUCAUCUUCUGCCUGAUCGCGGUCCUGAUGCUGGCCGUGAUUUUAGGGAUCUGUCUGUCAUACGAGACAAGCGGUGACCAUAGCAACCGCCUGCCUGCGGUGGACCUAGCAAAAGAUCGGCUGUCCCACAAGCCCGUGAAGACCUCCCCAUCCCAGCUGCGGCGCCUGGCAGCCCAGGUGGACGGGACCCGACUGUGGGAGAUGCACCUGAGACCCAUCCUCAUCGAGCGGCUGCCUGGGACCCAGGGCAGCCUGGCUGUCAGGAAGCACAUCACGUCCACGCUGAGCUCUCUGUCGGCCGGCUGGACGGUAGACCUGGACCCCUUCCAGGCCCCCACGCCCCGGGGGCCCGUCACCUUCACCAACCUGGUGGCCACGCUGGACCCCUCCACCCCCCGCCGCCUGCUGCUCUGCUGCCACUACGACUCCAAGGCCCUGCCCCCGGACGCCCGGGCCCCCGAGAAGGUGUUCCUGGGGGCCACCGACUCGGCCGUGCCCUGCGCCAUGAUGCUGGAGCUGGCCUCCGCCCUGGACGGCCUGCUGGGGGCCCUGAAGCAGCAGCGGCCUGCCGUCACCCUGCAGCUGGUGUUCUUCGACGGCGAGGAGUCAUUCGAGGAGUGGACCGCGGCGGACUCGCUCUACGGCUCGCGCCACUUGUCCGAGUGGAUGGCCCGCACGCCCCACCCCCCCGGCUCCACCCACACCACCUUGCUGCAGGCCGUGGACCUCUUCGUGCUGCUGGACCUCCUGGGUGCGCCGGACCCUCUGAUCGCCAACCACUUCGACAACACGGCCCGCUGGUUCGACCGCCUCAUCGCCGCAGAGAAGCGUCUCCACCGGCAGGGUCUGCUGACCUCCCACCCCGCUGAGCAGAUGUACUUCAAGAAGGAUGUGUACCUGGGCCCCGUGCAGGACGACCACAUCCCCUUCCUCCACAAAGGGGUCCCCAUCCUGCACGUGAUCGCGACCCCCUUCCCGGCCUUCUGGCACACGCUGGACGACACGGAGGACAACCUGCACCGGCCCACGGUGGAGAACCUGACCCGCAUCCUGGCCGUGUUCGUGGCCGAGUACCUGGGUCUGUGAGGGCCUCCGCCCCACACCCUCUGGGGCCCGACCGGGACGGAGCGUAGCCACACCGAGGAAGGCCCCCGAGGAGGAGGAGGGUGACCCGCUGGGGACGAAGCAAGGUCGGACAACGCAUCGACAGAACUAAAGCCUGAGCUCCGGCUCCUCGCUCCGUCCCGGCCUGAGGAGGCUCACCGUGGAGGAGGAGAACCGGUCACAUGGGGGAUGAAACAGUGCUCACUUUACCAAAGACUUCGCUAGGGUGAGUUUCUGGACUCUUUUCUUGAGUCGCCAAUGCAUUGAGUUUAGCAAAUUAAAUAGUUAGACUUUUCCACUUCAAUGUCUGGUGAAACCUGCCUUGUUCAUGGUACGUCUUUACAAAUCGCAGAGGAAACCGUCAUGUGAAUUUGAAUGAAUCUCUAUUCAGGAUUCGGUUAUCUGUCUGUCCGUCUUCAGUAUCGCAUGAAUAUACCUCUCUACCCACGGACAUUCUCCAUUUCACAUUUCCCCAACAUCUAGGGUUUGAAAAACAACACUCAAUAAACUUGGAACUGAAAAGA